AUGCCCGCAUGCCUCAAUAGACUCUGUUUUCAUUGCGCGGCCAACUCCCCGACGAUCGCCCCUAAACACAUCCACAUACUGGACCGAGAGGAUGCGAACGACACCCACCAUGAAGAGACCGACUUGAUGUCUUCGGUUGCUACCCUAAAGCCCACCACCUCUCCAACCACAACAACUGCCACGCAGUACCUUACGAUUGAAUCUCGGACGUACAUCGACCCCACUCCACCCACCCCGGCCGUCUCGCAACCUCCUUCUCGAAGCCCCUCUACAGCUCCUCCGCGCUCGAGACGUGGCUCCGGCUCCGACGGCGUAUCACCCACUAGGUCGGACGCCGCAUACGAUGAUAAGAAAUAUGCAAGUGACGACGAGCGUGAGAGCGGGUCCAGGUCCGAGCUGCAGAGCAUCAUGGAGCAGUUCAGCGAAGGAGGUGGAGGUCCCGGCGCAGAGGAAGUCAUGAGCCCCAGGUUAGAGAUGGCGUCGCCUUUGCUGGCCAGUCCCGCACAGUAUCCGCCCCGCAAAUCGAGCCUCGAACCACUUGCUCCCUCCAUGGUCCAACAACUCCAGGACUUGCAAGGCUUAAGCUUGUCAAGCACCUCUUCUGCGACGACGCCUUUGAAGGAAAAGGGCAGGGAAGAGCUGGCUCCCCCAGUCCCCCCAAAAGACGACCCAUUCCAUACCGGUGGCAGUCCAUCACAGGCUCACAAACGCCAUAGCAUUCAGAGCCUGGAAACGCCAAUGUCUCCCACGACCUCACUUCAUCGCCCUCCUCCUCCCGAGCCAGAGCCCGAGCCGCCGUUACCGUUCGAUUUCCAUCGCUUCGUCGAACAGCUCCGAAACAAAAAGGCCGAUCCUGUUGCAAGAUACCUAAAGUCUUUUCUGUUCGAAUUCGGCAAGAGGCAAUGGAUGGUCCAUGAGCAGGUCAAAAUCAUCAGCGACUUCCUCGCAUUCAUUUCAAACAAAAUGGCACAGUGCGAGGUAUGGAGGAGCGUGUCAGAUGCCGAGUUCGACAAUGCCAGGGAAGGAAUGGAGAAGCUUGUCAUGAACCGGCUCUAUACCCAAACCUUCUCUCCCGCAAUACCUCCACCACAACCGAUCCCCGGCGCCAAAAACAAGGGGCGGCGUGGGGAACGGCCAAUGGGACCAGGACGGCGUGGACAGCACCAGGAAGAUGUUGAACGGGAUGAGGUUCUUUCUCAAAAGAUCAACAUCUACCACUGGGUAAAAGAGGAACAUCUCGAUAUUCCUCCGAUCAAGUCAUACCGCGCACCGCGAGACAAGAUAAUAUGUGUCUUGAACUGCUGCAAGGUUAUAUUUGGUCUUCUUAAGCACUCAAAAUCGGACGGGUCGGCGGACUCGUUCAUGCCGAUGCUCAUUUAUGUCGUGCUCCAAGCCAACCCGGAACACUUGGUGUCUAAUGUCCAAUACAUCCUCAGAUUCCGCAAUCAAGACAAGCUCGGCGGAGAAGCCGGCUACUACCUCUCCUCUCUAAUGGGAGCAAUUCAGUUCAUUGAGAACAUGGAUCGAACGACACUCACCAUUACGGACGAGGAGUUUGAGAAGAACGUCGAGGCGGCAGUGUCUGCCAUUGCGGAAAAGCAUAGGGCUGAGUCACCUCCACCUCCAGAGCAGUUUGAGAAGUCAGCCGCCGUGCCAAUGCUAAGUGCUGGAGAGUCAUCACAAGUCCGCGCCUCACUUGAUGUUGGCGGUCCUGCAACACCGCGCCGGUCUAGCUCUUCUAAUGAGGCCAGAGAAAGCAGUGAAUAUGGUGCGAACGAGGAAAAGGCGGCUAUAGCAGGACUGCUAAGCACGAUCCAGAAGCCUUUGAGCACCAUCGGUCGAUUCUUCUCUGACGAAGGGGCAUCUUCAUCAGCAGACCAAGAUGUCCCUAGCCCAGCCCACACGCCUCUACCAGAGCAGGAAGCUCGUCGUCAGAGAUUAUCUGCUGAAGAGGCGGCUGCAAGACAAGCUAGUGCCGAAGCUGCUGAGGCACAACGAUUGUUCCGUGCUGAACAUGCCAACGUCGUGGAAACACUCGCAGGCAUGUUUCCGGAUCUUGAUCGCGAAGUAAUCAGCGAUGUGGUGUAUCAGAAGGAAGGAAGGGUUGGUUUGGCCGUUGACGCUUGUCUCGCCCUGUCAGCAUAAUAAAAUGGGCAAAGACUUGCAAAGGUGGAAAGUUGGCUUGGCCAAGGCCAGACCAGGAAAAAAAAUGGACACCAUCCUUUCAUGGAGCACUCGACAAGAAUGCAGCAGUCGAUUAUACGCUCGCAAUGCGUGUUGGCGCCUUGGAGGGCUCAAUGAGUCUUGACAUUGAGGUGCUGGGAGUAUGGGAACGUACGGUUGGGGGUCAUUGAAUUAAUACAGCCUGAGAUACCACUUAUCAAUACAUGAUUAGAGACCAUUUAUUUAA